UCGUCGUUGCAGAAUAUCUGCAGAGCUGAGCAGCUGUGCGACCGGAGUGUUACAUGUAUAGUCGGCUUGACUGGGAAGCCUUUGUCCUCAAUCGCAGCAACAAAAAUAAAUAAACUGGAUUCGCAACAGAAAGAACAUUUCCACGUUAGCAACAUAUCUUUAACCUGAUCUAUGAUCCCUGAGACUUGGAAAGUUAUAAGAAGUUGAACACUUGACCACUUGGAAAUGAUGCAUGCACUUCCUACAACCAUGAUGGUCCAUGAUUUAGAUAUCUUCAGCUCAUCUCCUUCUCCAAUGGACGCCACUGCCAAAAGGUCUUCAUGGGGGAAACUGGUGCAGAAGUUAACAGACUUCAGUGGAGACGGCCAGAGCAGCCGUCACAGUUUAGACUCCGACUCAGACAAUGGCAGCAGGACUGAUCUCUCAGACUCUGGGUUUGACUUUCCCUCGAUCUCCUCAUCUGAUGACUUCAGCAAUGUGCUAUACGACGAUCUCCUCUCAAUGGAGGAGACCCUUCUGAAAGAACUUGUGCACCUAAUUGCCAGUAGCUUAAGGGAAGCCAAAGACGGUGCCCUUAGAUGUUCGAAACUACUCAUCCCUGAGAAGCUUCUAGAACACAUAGGCCAAGAGCUCCUUCACCUGGCGGCCAGCGAGCCCUGUGGCCUGAGGGGCGCUCUCAUAGACCUCUGUGUGGAACAGGGGGAGGUGUGUCAGAGUAUGGAACAGAUCGCCGUGGACCCAUAUCUCGUCCCUACCUUCCAGCUCACACUGGUGCUGAGGCUCGACUCUGGAGGACUGUGGCCCAAAAUCCAAGGGCUUUUCUCCACAAAGUCUCCAUCCAGUCCCGUAAAGAGACAGGCAAUUAGACUGAGCACGGGCUUCAGAGUGAUCAAGAAGAAACUGUACAGCUCUGAAGAGUUGCUCAUUGAAGAAUGCUGAGAGAAACCAAAGAGACGUUCUUUAGAUAUUUUUCUAAUAAACCUCGUUGUACCAAGUGUCCUACCUACAACGCUCAUUAGAGCCCUAGUGAUCAACAUUUGGGAUUCUAGUCAAAUGUAUGAUUUUUCUAGGACAUUUUCUUAACUGUUAAGAUGAACCGCCGAUUACUUUGCUAUGUUCAUUAUUUGCCGAUUGGUGUUCCUGUGUAGGGGAGCCACAGUAAAUGGUACGUGGAAAGUUAAUAAGAACAACUAUUGUGCUUAAGAGAAUGGAGCAGGGAGCCACAGUUAAUGGUAUGUGAGUAGUUUAGUGUGCUUAAGAGAAUGGUGUUAACCCAAACACUGAAAAAUGAAGUUUCUGGCACUUUUGCAAACCACUAAUAUCUAUUUUUAUACAAGAUGGGUGGUUUGGUUUUCCAUUUAUUGUUAAAAAUGUUUACCUGUUUCUAUUGAAACCAGACAAUGGCAGCUAGCUGUAUGGUAAUGUUUGAAUGUGGCCAUUUAGAAACUGUGGUAAUAUAUAUAAUUUUUUUUCUUCGUGGCAUUUCAUUGUACACUAUGGUAAGGGGACCAGAUUGACAUGUUUGGUUAGAGACCAACAUUACGUCGCAGUACUUGCUUCUCCGUCUGUAGCAUCCAUUCUGUGAACCACAGGUCAGUUUACUUGAUUCUUUAUUUCUGGUUUCGACUGGAUUGUCCUCCUGCAUACUCAUCUGUGCAUCAUUUUAUUUGAUAUUCAAAUAUCUGUACUGUCUUGAUACUUUCCAUUUUAUGAACCUCCGACAAUAAAAUAUUUUUUUUUUUAAAAACUCA